UACAAGCCAGACAGUUGGCCAGUAAUAUGAACAAACUGGUAAUUCAAAAAAAAACAGAGUGACAGAGAAUGGGAAAUCGGGACAUUGCUGGUCCAACGAGAUCAUAGCUGGCAACCAUGAUACAUCUAUCCCGACGAUCGCAACCCCUGUGGUCUUUGUACACAGUGGUCCCAGCUCCCAUACAUCACAGAGGAAUUUUCUCAGUCUGCAAAGCAAAGGGUUUCUCAGGAGUGCCAAACAGCUAGCAAAAAGGGGAUAAAGAGCGAAGGGCUUGUCAAGGUUGCUGGAAAGAAAUUUCUUGUGGAAUGAGUCGCAGAGAAGGGCUGCUGAGUGAUACAGAAAAAGCGAAUCCCGGGCUAGUAGAGGGGCGGAGCUCCAUCUGGGAGAGAUGGCAGAAGGCAAAUGGUGGAUGCUUGGCAUGCGAGUUACAUAGGUAAGCAACUCAGCACACUACUAUGUAGUGCAUCUUCGCUUUUGUCCUGCCAA